AUUGUAUAUAAUCUAUGGACCACAGUUUACAAAAGUGUUAUGUCUGAUUAAACCUUCCCUAGUUUAUAAACAUUUGAAACAUUAAAUCGUGAUAUCCAUGUUCUGUUAAACGGUUAACAUUCCACAUUGUGACUUGUUGUAAAUAUUUCGUUUUCCUUUGGGGACGUUUGUUCGUGGGGUGGAACAAAAUCGUCAAAGAUUGACUCCGUGUGGGGUUGGGCUUCGCCCCCGCUGCGUUUGCAGCUGGGUAACGCACGCGGCCACAAAAGGAUGGGUGAGGGCGGAUCCCCAGGUGGCGCGCGGCUGUCCCACACCUCGGAGAAACAUCCGCGCGCCAUACUCGGCGAACUCUCCGCACUGCGACGUCAUCGUGAGCUAUGCGAUGUCGUGCUCAACGUUGCUAACAGGAAACUCUUUGCUCACAGAGUAAUCCUAUCAGCAUGCAGCCCGUACUUCCGAGCGAUGUUCACUGGGGAACUGGCCGAGUCUCGCGCCACCGAAGUCACGAUCCGGGACGUGGACGAGCAGGCCAUGGAGCAGCUCGUGGAGUUCUGCUACACCGCGCACAUCGUCGUCGAGGAGAGUAACGUGCAGGCCCUGCUCCCGGCUGCGUGCCUGCUGCAGCUGCAAGAGAUCCAGGACGUGUGCUGCGAGUUCCUCAAGCGUCAGCUGGACUGCUCCAACUGCCUCGGCAUCAGAGCCUUCGCCGACACCCACUCGUGUCGGGAACUGCUCCGGAUCGCCGAUAAAUUCACACAACAGAACUUCCCAGAGGUGAUGGAGAGUGAAGAGUUCUUACUGCUGCCCGCCUCGCAGCUGAUCGACAUCGUGUCCUCGGACGAGCUGAACGUUCGCUCGGAGGAGCAGACUUUCCAGGCCGUCAUGUCCUGGGUCAAGUACAACGUGGCCGAGCGGCGGCAGCACCUGGCGCAGGUGCUCCAGCACGUCCGACUGCCGCUGCUGAGUCCCAAGUUCCUGGUGGGCACCGUCUCCUCGGAGCUGCUGAUCCGCUCCGACGACGCCUGCCGCGACCUGCUGGACGAGGCCAAGAACUACCUGCUGCUGCCGCAGGAGCGUCCGCUCAUGCAGGGACCUAGGACUCGGCCCAGGAAGCCUACCAGGCGUGGCGAGGUGCUGUUCGCGGUGGGCGGCUGGUGCUCCGGGGACGCCAUCGCGUCGGUGGAGCGGUUCGACCCGCAGAGCGGCGAGUGGAAGAUGGUGGCGCCCAUGUCCAAGCGGCGCUGCGGCGUGGGCGUGGCCGUGCUGCACGACCUGCUGUACGCAGUGGGCGGCCACGACGGACAGAGCUACCUCAACAGCAUCGAGCGGUACGACCCGCAGACCAACCAGUGGUGCGGCGCCGUCGCGCCCACGUCGUCGUGCCGCACGUCCGUGGGCGUGGCCGUGCUGGAGGGCGCGCUGUACGCCGUGGGCGGGCAGGACGGCGUCCAGUGCCUCAACCACGUCGAGCGGUACGACCCCAAGGAGAACCGCUGGACCAAGGUCGCGCCCAUGACCACGCGGCGUCUGGGCGUCGCCGUGGCAGUGCUGGGCGGACAUCUGUACGCCGUGGGCGGCUCCGACGGGCAGGCGCCGCUCAACACCGUAGAGCGGUACGACCCGCGGCACAACAAGUGGACGCCCGUGGCCCCCAUGUCCACCAGGAGGAAGCACCUGGGCUGCGCCGUGUUCGACGGGCAGAUCUACGCCGUGGGGGGCCGGGACGACUGCACCGAGCUGUCCUCCGCCGAACGGUACGAGCCCAGCACGGACUCGUGGGCGCCCGUGGUGGCCAUGACGUCGCGCCGGUCGGGCGUGGGGCUCGCCGUGGUCAACUCGCAGCUCUACGCCGUCGGGGGCUUCGACGGGACCGCCUACCUCAAGUCCAUCGAGGUGUUCGAUCCGGAAUCGAACCAGUGGCGGCUGUGCGGCGCCAUGAACUACCGGCGGCUCGGCGGCGGCGUCGGCGUCAUGCGCUCGCCGCACCACGACACGCACUACAUCUGGUAACGCCGCACGCUUGUCGGAACACUUCUCAUCACAAUCAUCAUCCUCCUGCCCUUCUUCGAGUCACCUGGGUCGACUCUACAUGUUUUCUCCUUCCAUACUCCUCUAUCAUACACUAUUUUUUCGUUCACUCCCCUCUUACACAUAUCAACUUUCACACAAUCUAUCCAUUUCUUCUUAGGUCUACCUCUUCCUGAAUAUCCCUCCACAUCCAUUGUUAACACUCUCUUACCAACCUCAAUUUUAUUUCGUCUCAUCACAUGUCCAUACCAUCCCAAGGACUUCUCAACAACAGGUGCCACUUUCAGACUUCCUCUAACACAUUCAUUUCGUAUUCUAUCCAUUCUCGUUACUCCACACAUCCAUCGCAACAUUCGCAUCUCUGAUGCAUGCAAUCGCCUCCUCAUCACAUCCUCAUCUUCAUCACAACACGAAAGAUUAUUUGUAAUUAUUCCCGCGGUAUACGAUUUUGCCAGAUUUGAUCUACUCGCCCAUGACGUAGAUAGAAGACGCACACACCGGUAGCCGUCCGCGCAGUGGGUCAACGACCUGUCUCCACAAUUAUACAAAAAUCUAUGAAAACUCCAUAAAACUUUAUCUUAAUUUCAGGAACCGAAAAGAUUCAGUGGUGUAACCUGCCCCCGGCCCCGUGGCGCGCGGCUGCGGGGGACGAGCUUCGAACGAAACUUACUUUGAACUUUGAUCGGUCAACAAACAAUACAGCGUCUGGUUUUCAAAUAUUUCGGUGUUCGACGACUCUACUGCGGUUUAUUUAUUCAAUACUGGUGCGCUACGUAGGCCGCGCUACGUCGACUGCGCUACGCAUAUCCGGCUACGUCGCGUGUGCUACGCCAUGGCGCUACGUCGACAGCGCUACGUCGGGCGCGGCACUGGGUCGCAGAGAAAAGACAGCUCAAGGCUCGGAUAGAGAUAAUUGUCUUAUUUUUACUUAUAUAUUAUGUAAUUUAUAAGCAGUACAAUUGCAGCAGUUGGGAAAAAGUAACGGGAAGUGUUUGAUUGAACUCAAGGUGUGUGUUUGCGCGUGUGUGUGGGAGUGUGUGUGUGUGUGUGUGUCGCGACGGUAGCCCUGUUUAUUUGAAAAUCACUUGUUCGUAUCGCGAGUCUGAUAGUCGUGUGCGACCUUUUGGUUCUGACGGGACGAAUUGUUUUAGUUAUAAAAUGGAGCAUCCUGUAUGUGAAACGUCACUCAUAACUGUUAUUAGUAUUAUUAUUAAAUUUUAUUGUUAAAAAUAAAGCAUGUAUAAUUAAUUGACUAUUUAUAAAUAAAUGAAAUGAAAAGGAAACACAUUUUAAAUAGAUUGUA